UGUUGUGUGACAUUCAUCAGGUUGAACUGCAAUUUGCUGCCACAUCAGAAGCGUAGAGAAUCCAGUUUGGUUUCCGUGCUUGUGUUUACGCAUCCAGAUCCUUCGGUGACAGAAGCUGAUCACCUUCCCGAACUUGUUGUCGGUUCCUGUGGAGAAGAGAGAAGCGAUGGAUUUGGCGUGCGUGGUGUGUUUGGUGCUGUGCGUCGGCUCCUGGUUCGCCUCGGCGGAGAGACACAGCGUCUAUUGGAACAGCUCCAAUCCAAACUUCCUGUGGGAUGAGUACACGGUGGAAGUGCGCAUCAAUGACUAUUUGGACAUCGUCUGCCCCCACUACGCCCACGGUGAGGUGUCAUCGCAUGCAGCUGAGCGCUAUGUGCUGUACAUGGUGGAGAAGGAGGACUACGACGUGUGCAAACCUCACUCUUUCGACCAGCUCCGUUGGGAGUGCUCCCGGCCCUUCGCUCCCCACGCGCCUGAGAAAUUCUCGGAGAAGUUCCAGCGCUUCACGCCCUUCACCCUGGGCAAGGAGUUCAGACAGGGAGAGAGCUACUAUUAUAUCUCCAAGCCAAUGCAUCACCACGGCCAGGACUGUAUGAAGCUGCAAGUGGAUGUAGCCGGAAACAAAGGCACUGGGAAAUCCCACAUCGACAAAUCCAAGGCGGAGGAGGUGGUGAAAAGUUUAGAUGGAGGGAAAAUGAAGUUUCCUGCCACCGGAGGAGUGCACAACCCCUCCAACCGGCUCCCAGCAGAUGACCCUGCUGCGAUGGAGCCAAACGUCCAGAGGAGCGUCGGCAACUCCGGCGUGCAGCUGGUUUCCUUUUCACUCCUCCUCACCAUGAUCCCAGUCUUAUUAGUCCAGAUGCUGCACUAAAGCUGAGCAUUACAGAGACUAUACCACACCAAUGCAGGUCAUUGGGACCAUGAACACUCAGAGAUUUCUUUUUAUACAGAUUUUUUUAUACGAGCAUGGACAAAGCUUUCAGCGUGUGUGUGUGCGUGUGUGAGUGUGUUUGAUGUGUUGGUUUGUGUGCAUGUGGAACGUGGAUCGUUCCAAAGAAGAAGACCUCAAGGACGUUUUUUUUUUUCUUACUUUAUUACGAGGAUGGAAUUCUCAUUAACGACCAUUUAAGAUCAUCUUCAGUCAUCAUGGACAAGACGGAUCAACACACUUGAAUCACACGGAUCAAAGUUGGAUUGAAAACGAGAGGAACACGUUAUUCUCAUUAUCAUGUAUUCAGAUAUUCAUACCUGUUGGUACAGCUGUGCAUGUAUUACUGGUCUCAAACUGCCAAUAAUGUCAUUUUUCUCCCUCUUCGUGGAGAGAAAAUAUAGAUCAUGUACUGGAAAUGUUGUUGGCUACACUGCCAACGUGUUAUACAAUACAUUAUGUAGUAUUUUUUUUUUGUUGUCAUGUAGCACUCAGCUCCCUGUUCCCUGGAAGCAGAUUUUUCAAAUAUAACUCAACACAAGUAAACAAAUUAAUGACUAGUUUCCAAACUAGAGGUUCUCAGUCGACAUUUUACACAUUGCACUCAAUAUGAAGUAAAUAAUGCAUAUAUUUCGCACAAAAUACAUCAGAAUUAAUUUGGAUCCUUGUGUAAGUAAUAAAUCCUAAUCCAUAAUACUUGUUCUAAGUGAUUUGGAGCCGCUGAACAAGAAAACAAACUAGAUAUAAAACCUAAACGAUAGCAGGAUUGUCAGGGAGCUGAGCCUCUUCCGUUCUCAUGGGUUCUUCACUCAUUUCUGCUGUCUCGACAGUAUCAUGGCAUGGUACACUGGCAGAUGUUUGCAGAUGUGAUCCCACAUGCACGUUGUCAAACCUCAAACUGAAGGGACUUCCCGCAUUUUAUUUACAGUUGUUUUUUAUCUAUCAUUUUGUAAAUGUUUAUAUGUAAAUUUGUACAUAGAGAAAACUCUAAGAAACUGUCUUUAGUGAAAUAAAGAA